AAAUAUAAUCUGUAGAUACCGUAUAAGUCAUAACCUAUGAAAAAGUUGCCUUGCAUUUAAAAUCUUUUUAUACAAUCUAAAAGUUAAAAAUUUCAAAGAUGACGAAACCAAUAGAUUUAGAAUUAAAGAAGGCUUUUUUAGAAUUACAAGUGAAAAUGGUCGAGACAAGCAAAAAAAUCCAAAUGAUUGAUGUCCAAAUUGGUGUAAUGAAGAGAGUUUUACAUCACGCAGAUGUUACUCAACAAGAAAUAAGUACUUUACCACCUGAAACAAAAACUUAUGAGUCUGUGGGGAGAAUGUUCCUUUUAACUGAUUUGAAAGAAAUAAAACAGAACCUUGAGAACAGAAUAGCAGUAUUAUCGGUUCGUACAGACGAAUUAGUAGAAAGUAAACAGUUUUUAGAAAUGAAUCUCCAAGAAAGUGAAGACAACAUUAGGGAGAUGGUGCAACAACGGAAGGAACAGGGUGAUUAGACCACCUAAUACGUUUAUUAAGUUUCUCUUUACAACUUAAUGUUUUCCAUAUUAUGCUAACACUUCCAAUUUUGUCUAUGUAGGUUUUCAAACAAUAAUUAUUUGAAAUUUGCUUAAAUAAAAAAUAUAAAAAAACGUAAAAAAAUAUUUUAGGAAACUCAUAUUACAGUGUAGUAUUUUGUUACAUUACAUUGUUAUACAUCAUUUAUCUCCUUAUAUUGUUAGGCUAUUUAAGACAUCACUAUA